AUGGAGAAAGCGUUUCAAGCUAACGGGAAUGCUGGAAGGUUCAAAGGGGGCAGAGGACACGGUCGGAAGGGGAUCUCUGCAAGAAAGAAUGGUGGUGGAUACAAGGGCAAGUGCUUUGGGUGUGGACAAGUUGGUCAUAUGAAGCGUGACUGCCCUGUGCAGAAAGGCGACAGUGGGAAUGGUGCUGUUUUUGCUGUGAACGAGAAACGACUCGACGGUUGGCUGAUUGACAGUGGGACUACAUUGCAUAUGACUCCGCAUCAUUCCGACCUGUUCGACUACAAGAUCCUGAACGAUGGCAUUGAUGUAACGAUUGCCGAUGGCAAGAAGUUACGCGUUUAUGGAAAAGGAACAGUGAGGCUGACUGGGUUCAAAUGA